AGCAACCUACCUCAUUAUCUCUUGUUCCUCGCUACUGCUAAGUCUCGAAAGCUGGCAUUUUUCCGGAACUUCUCUCUGCAUCACUAGUCUUACCCAUCUUUUCGACUCUCCUUCCCAUCACCUUCCCUUCGACCCUCUCCUUCACAAUGGACUACACCAUGGAAGACACUCAGAACUCCGCUCCUGACGCUCAUGAGACCUCCAAGCUCGGCUCCUCAGCACAAAGGAGUGACACUCAGAGCGUCACCAAACGUCUUCAAGCUGAGCUGAUGCAACUCAUGCUCUCCCCCUCUCCGGGCAUCUCCGCUUUCCCAGACGCCGACGGCAACCUGCUCUCCUGGACCGCCACCAUUAGUGGUCCAACCGAAACCCCCUACGAAGGACUGACCUUCCGACUCUCGUUCGCCUUCCCCAGCAACUACCCCUAUGCUCCUCCUACCGUUCUCUUCAAGACCCCCAUCUACCACCCCAACGUCGACUUCUCCGGCCGCAUCUGUCUUGAUAUCUUGAAAGACAAAUGGAGCGCUGUGUACAACGUCCAGAGUGUACUGCUCAGCUUGCAGAGUCUGCUCGGGGAGCCCAACAACGCGAGCCCCCUCAACGCCCAAGCCGCCGAGCUCUGGGAUACCAACCAAGAAGAAUACAAACGACACGUUCUUGCCCGUCAUCGCGACAUUGAAGAUAUCGAGUAAAGAGUCCAGGAGAAUAUGUGUUUUGAUGUUGCGGUCGGUUCCGCAAACAGAAGAGGAAAAUCAGGUUGCAUUGCAUAACUGGGGUUGUGUUUGGGGUACUUU